AUGGUAAGUUGAUUUUUUGGACAUUCGUUUCUGACUUUUUGACGCAGUGUUUCAUAAAAUUUACCUCUAAAAACUUACGUCAUGUAAAAUGACAGUAUCCACCAAUUAUUGUGUUUCAGAACAAAUUGAGUAAAAAAUAGGUUCCCACUAACUGAAACAAAGAAACAAACAAAAAAAGAAACCGAAAAUAAGAAGCAUCCUAACAAAAAACACUUUUCAGCGAACCCUUAUUUUAAUCUGCCUUCUCGGCUUGGCAGCUAUUCAAGCAAGGACUUCUUCUGAAGAAGAUGAAGUCCUUCCAGGACCUCGUGUUUCUGUCCUUGGUAGGUUUCGAAAUUGAGACCACCAAAAUAAGGAGUUUGAAGAACGUUUCCGCAACCGUAAAAUAUCAUCGGAAGCGGAGAAAAUGACCGAUGAUGAACUCAUCGACUUUGUAAACGCCGAGCAGAACUUGUGGAAAGUAAGCCAAAAGUUUGUAUAUUGAACUGGAAUCUUGUUUUACUUUCACAGGCCAAGAAGAACCGUCGCUUUGCGAAAUACACCGACCGAACCAAGUGGGGAUUGAUGGGAGUCAAUCAUGUUCGGCUCUCCGUCAAGGUCUCUCUUGUUUGAACUUUUUUGAAAUUUUUAGCCCUUUUUUUUCAGGCUCGCAAGAACCUUUCCCCCACGAAGGACCUUGAUAUUGCUAUUCCGGAGACGUUCGAUUCACGUGAGAACUGGCCUCAAUGCAACUCUCUGAACGUCAUUCGUGAUCAGUCCAGCUGUGGUGCAGUGAAAACGAAAAUCUUCUAACGGUUCCGUUUUUCAGGAUCUUGCUGGGCUUUCGGUGCUGUCGAAGCCAUGUCAGACCGUAUUUGCAUUGCUUCAAAAGGUAAAAUUCAAGUUUCCUUGUCUGCUGAUGACCUUCUCAGCUGUUGCAAGUCUUGCGGUUUUGGGUGAGUGUCAAAAAUCGUAAAACCUUAAGUUUUCGUUUAUAGUUGCGAUGGUGGAGAUCCGUUGGCCGCAUGGAAGUAUUGGGUGAAAGAAGGAAUCGUUACUGGAUCCAAUUAUACGGCAAACGAAGGCUGCAAGGUAACCAAAAUCUCUAUUCGGGAAUUCCCACUGAUGAUUCGGCUUUGGAAACGAGAAAAGCCUAAAAAAAUUGGCAAAAUUUUGAAGGGAACGCAUAUAAUUGCGUCGGUCUGAUAAACUGGACUUUGUCACAAAAAAGACCGAAAAUAUGAUUUUCUGCAAAUAGCGCCGCUAUAUUCUCAAAGUUUUUGGAAUAGUGCGUAAACUGAACGUUUUGAGAAUUUAGAUGAGUCCAAUUCAACCGCCCGCGACUAUUUGGAUAGCGCUUUUUUCAUUUAUUUUUGAAUUCGUAAUUGGUUUUUUUUUCAUUUGUUCUUUAAAAAAUAGUAGAAUAUAUACAAAAAGAGCGGUGAGCGAGCUUUUGAUGGUUGGUGCUUGAAUUGAACUCGUGCCGAGAUCCGCGUACUCGCACGCUACGCGUCCCGUGCAUUUCUUUGCCUCCCUCGCCUUUCAAAUCGGGAUGGAUUGACUAUAGACGGCUGCCAUUGAAAUAUACAGUAUUAAAGUAUACAACUGUGUCGCGUGAUGUUUUAUUACUCUGAUGGGACGGUUUUCCACUAAAAACAAUAUUUACAGCCUUAUCCAUUCCCACCAUGCGAGCAUCACUCCAACAAGACACACUACGAUCCUUGCAAACACGAUCUGUACCCGACCCCCAAGUGCGAGAAGCGAUGUGUUUCCGCCUACACCGAUAAGACUUACGCCGAGGACAAAUUCCACGGUUGAAACUUCGAGAGAAAACAAUUUGCAUUUACAUUUCCAGGUCAUAGUGCUUAUGGAGUCAAAGACGAUGUCGAAGCCAUCCAAAAAGAAAUUUUGACGUACGGUCCAGUCGAAGUUGCCUUCGAAGUCUAUGAAGACUUUCUCAACUACGCUGGCGGUGUCUACGUGGUAAGUGAAGUUUUGAAAUCCUUGGAGAUUUUCGGGGUUCAGCACACUGGAGGAAAGCUUGGCGGAGGCCACGCCGUCAAAAUGCUCGGAUGGGGAGUUGAUCAAGGAAUUCCUUAUUGGCUCGUUGCCAACAGCUGGAACACUGAUUGGGGAGAGGAUGGUGAGCUUUAAAAAUUGAGGCAAGAAAAAAGUUGGAGAAACAAUGGAAACAAUUUGAUCAUUGAAACUCAGCAUGUAAUACGGCUUAUUAUUGUUGGUGACUAAGCCAAUGAGAUUAAGGAAUAAUGGAAAAAAAAUCAAGCUAUUAACGCUAAAAACCGAGAGAGGAGGAAAUAAAAAAUGACUGAGCGUUGAUAUUUCAUAAUCUUUCCGCAUUAAUAAAGUUCUGGAUUAAUAUAAAAAUAUGUAAUUCGAGAUUGACUGGUGAAUAUUUCGGAUAAACAAUAAGUUUCAAACUGAUUUUGACGAUUUCAGGAUUUUUCCGCAUUCUCCGUGGGGUCGACGAGUGUGGAAUAGAAUCGGGAGUUGUCGGUGGCGUGCCAAAACUCAGUAACGCGGCGCACAAACUGCGGUAGCGCCAGUUCAGAAGUUAAUUACUCACUUUACUGUUUCAGCCUUCGUCACAGGAAUUACGACGAUUGGCUGGCUCUAUAA